AUGUCUUUGGCUGGGGUGAGCUGUCUGGUGACAGGAGCAAGUGGAUUUCUUGGCCAGAGAAUUGUCCACUUACUGCUGGAGGAGAAGGAGCUGGCUGAGAUCCGAACCCUGGACAUAGCCUUUAGCGACGAGGCACGCAGGAAUUUUACAAAUUUCAAGGGUCAGACUGUGGUGAAGAUCUUGGAAGGUGACAUCCGGGAUGCUACAUUCUUGAACAGCGCCUGCGAGGGUGUCUCCCUUGUCAUCCAUACAGCAUCCAUCAUUGACACCUUGGGCCUUGUAGAGAAGCAGCUGCUCUGGGAAGUCAAUGUAACAGGUACCCAGCUACUGCUGGAUGCCUGUGUCCGCAGUAAUGUCCAGCACUUCAUCUACACCAGUACCAUAGAAGUGAUAGGCCCAAACUGCAGAGGGGACCCCAUCUGCAAUGGGGAUGAAGAUACAGCCUACCAGAGCACAUCAGGAUUUCCUUAUGCCCAGAGUAAGAGACUGGCAGAGACGUCUGUUCUGAAGGCAAAUGGUCAGGCACUGAAGGAUGGUGGCAUCUUCCUGACGUGUGCCUUGAGGUCCAUGUACAUCUUUGGAGAAGGAUGCCGGUUUCUCCAGACUCACCUGGAUAAAAGCCUCUUGAAUAAAAAUGUCUACCUGCGGAUUUCUAGGAAAGACGCUCUGGUGAAUCCUGUAUAUGUGGGAAACAUUGCAUGGGCUCACAUCCAGGUGGCAAAAGCCUUGAGGAACCCAGAAAAAGCCAAGCACGUCAAAGGGCACUUCUACUACAUCUCUGAUGACACUCCUCACAUGAGCUAUGCCGACCUAAAUUAUGAGCUGACCAAGGAGCUGGGGUUUGGGAUUGAGCCCCACCCACCCAUGCCACUGAUGAUGCUGUACUACUUUGCGCUACUGCUAGAAGUUGUGAGCUUCCUACUUAGGCCCUUUGUCAAAUACAUCCCCUCCACCAACCGUCACCUUGUCAUCUUGCUGAACACACAGUUCACGUUCUCCUACAGGAAGGCAUGGCGGGAUUUUGGCUACAUGCCCCGCUACAAAUGGAAAGAGGCCAAGCAGCGCACCAGCCAGUGGAUUGCCUCACUGAUUCCACAAAGGAGGGCGUACCUGAAACACAAGGCUGUCUAAGCCUGAGAGAAACAGAAGCAUGGCAAGACAAGCCGGCCCAUGAGCCCACAGGUGAGCUGGAGGAAUUGCAGUAACAGACAACAACAAAGCAUUGAAAUGUGAAAUCUAUGUGAUGAAAAGUUGGAAUGAAUAAAGAAUAUGAAACUCUUCA